AUGACUAUGCAUCCCUCUCGAUUAGCCAGCGCCUCCCUGCGAGCCUCCAGGCCCAUGAUACCCAGUCGAGGAGUCCAGAGCAAAGCUACGCGUCAAAAACGAGCAAGUCCUAAUACCCCGCCGCCGCGGAAACAAUUCAAUGCGGAUAUCCAGCGCUUUCAAGAACGCUACACGAAGAAGGAAUCAGCUGCCGCACCUCAUGGAAUCCCAAUUCGAGUCCUCUCCUUCAUGGGAGUUACUAUACUCGCAAUCAGUACAUACACGGGGUAUCUCUACACCUCAUAUCAGCAGGAAGUGCGCAAAGCGCAGGCGCUCGACAUCCCCCGCGACGUCUCAGAUCGGUACAAUAGUACUGCACCCACUUUCGAUGCCGAGGUAGAUCUCUCUGAGAAAGCCAUGCGUCUUGGGAAGAAACGAGCAGAUCUCCUCCAUCUUGCGCGCGGGGAUGUUCUGGAGGUCAGUUGUGGUACGGGUCGGAAUCUCGAGUACUACGAUCUGAAGGAACGACGCGGUGUGGAUGAGCAAGGACACGCCGCUGUGCUUGGGUGUCGGUCUCUAACAUUUGUGGACCUGAGUCCGCAGAUGGUGAAUAUCACCAAGGAGAAGUUCGAGGCGGCGAAUCCCGGGUUCACGCGCGUCGCGUUCCGAGCUCAGGAUGCUGCUGCCGUGACGGUCGAAUCUCCUGUGAAGGUGCAGAAUUCUGGGUCGGCCGAGGGGAAUGUCUACUACGAUACUGUCGUUCAAACGAUGGGUCUCUGUUCGAUGCCGGAUCCUGUGGGAACGUUGCGGCAUCUCGGUCAGAUUACGGAGCCGGGGCAUGGGCGUAUUUUGCUGCUGGAACAUGGUCGCUCGCAUUACGAUUGGCUGAAUCGGAUCUUGGACAAUCUCGCACCCCUGCAUGCGGAUAAGCAUGGGUGUUGGUGGAAUCGGGAUAUAGGGGCUAUUGUGAAGGAGAGUGGCCUGGAGGUUGUUGAGGAGAAGAGGUGGCAUUUUGGGACGACGUGGAGAUAUGUUCUUCGUCCGAAGCCGGAUGAGACUCGAUCUUAG